GACAGGUUGACGAUCGAAGCAAUUAGCUGUUCCGAGUUUAUCGUUUAUCUGCUGAUUUUAGAAGCAGGUAGAAGGCGAAUCACACGUGCACGCGAUUAUCGGGAGUGCCGAGGAAAACGCUGCAUCACAGUAAUUGCCGCGAAUUGACAUGAUUAACGUGUUCUUGAUUGAAAUCGAUUCACGCAUCUCUGACGCCAUUUUUGUACGAGUUGUCAUAUUUUGUGUCGAUGCAACGGUGAAAUAAAUAGCUACUCGUAGUUUUUUGAAUGUGCGCGUACGAGUGUCGGGAAUGUAAAAUAAAGUGUUUGGCCAUGUGUUGCUGUGUUAACUGGGAACGAUCUUGAUUAACCGUCGUUCGAUAUCCGUGUUUGUAAAGCAGAAAACGCUGACAACGCAGUGAAUACAGCAAAAAUGGAGCAGUUGUGUUGCGAGAUACUGAAAUACUUCAGCUUCCAUGGCCAAGAUGAGCUUGCGCAAGAUUCUGCCGUGGAUGUGGUGCUUCCUGAUCACGAGCGAGUGUUACAACGUAAAGAAUAGAGGCGAGGACGGCUCGAAGUUGAUACGCAUCGGUGGUGACAUCAUCCUCGGCGGGAUCUUUCCAAUGCACGAGCAGGUCGCAAGCUCCAUUGGUCAAUCACCAUGCGGGGCUGUAAAAGAAGAGAAGGGUAUGCAACGAUUGGAAGCUAUGCUAUAUGUUCUAAACGAGAUUAACGCUGAUGUAGAACUGCUGCCGAACACAACACUGGGUGCUCUCAUUCUCGAUUCCUGCAGUAGUGACACUUAUGCUCUGGAUCAAAGCAUGGAGUUCGUCAGAUCGUACAUGAAUCAGGAUAUAUCGGAAUACAAGUGCGAGAACGGCAAGACGCCCACUUACGUUCCUCACAAACCGGUAACUGGCGUAAUAGGUGCUGCGUUCAGCGUAGUCUCCAUUAUGGUCGCCAAUAUCUUGCGGCUUUUCAAGAUACCGCAAGUGAGUUACGCAUCCACCAGUACAGAGCUCUCGGACAAGAGCCGGUUCGAGUAUUUCAGCCGGGUGGUACCGCCAGACAAUUUUCAAGCGCAAGCGAUCGUUGAGGUGAUCCAUCUACUGGGAUGGAAAUAUGUUUCUACGGUUGCUGUGGAAGGCGAAUAUGGCGAAAAAGGCAUCGCUAGCUUCGUUGCCCUUUCGGCGGAAUACAACAUCUGCGUCGCAGUUAGCGAGAAGAUUCUGAGGAACGCCAAGACCGAGGACUUCGACAGAAUAAUCGAACGUCUGAGCUCGAAGCACAACGCUAGAGGGGUCAUAAUAUUCGUCGACGAAGAUAACAUAAGAAAGUUACUUCAAGCAACAGUAAGGGCCAAUCGUACGGGCCAUUUCAUGUGGGUGGGCAGCGAUUCGUGGGGCGCCAAAGUUCACCCCGUUCGAGAUCAGGAGUUUGUGGCAGAGGGUGCCAUCACCAUUCUGCCCUACAGGAACGCCCUCGCAGGUUUCGACAACUAUUAUUUGAACCUGCGGCCGAGAAUGGGCGACGAAUGUGGCGGUCAAACGGAGAGCAAUGUUCCCCAUAAGUCGUUGCCGGGGAAGAUUGUGAACUGCCGGAAUAUCUGGUUCCGGGAAUUCUGGUCGCAGCAUCACAAGUGCACUUUCAGCGUAAACGCGUCGAGCGAGAUGAAGCGCUGCACUGGCGUAGAGGUCCUCAAGGAUUACGAACAGGAGGGCCUGGUGCCUUUUGUUGUGGAUGCGGUUUACGCUAUGGCGCAUGCUGUUCACAACGUCAUCGAGGAGGAGUGCGUAAAUAUUUUAGGCACACCGCAUUUUCUCUGCGAAACACUUCAACCGGCACCAGACGGCCCACGACUUCUCCAACACAUUCGCAAUGUCACUUUCGUAGGUCGACAAAACACGGAGAUCAAAUUCAAUGCUGACGGAGACGCCUACGGAUUUUACAACAUCUAUCAAUAUCAAAGGAAAGAGGAUCGCUUCGAUUACAUUCUCAUCGGCACGUGGAGGGAAGAGCUCAAUUUGGAUAUCAACAUGACACGAUGGGCGACUGGAGUCGGCGAGCGUCACAUUCCACACAGUAUGUGCAGCGAUAACUGCCCGAUGGGACACGUCCGCAAUUUUGUAGAACCUUGCUGUUGGAGUUGCGUCGCCUGUCGAGAGGAUGCCUACGUAUUCAACGACACGUGCAAGAACUGUAACCCCGGAUACGCACCGAACUCCACGAUGACGGGUUGCGUCAAGCUCACCGCGGAAGUUAUACCCUGGACGAGUCCUUGGGCGUUGGUACCGCUGAUAUUCGCGUCCAUUGGGAUUCUCAGUACUCUCUUCACCACGGUUGUCUUCAUACGCUUUAAUCGCACCCCGGUGAUUAUGGCAUCCGGACGCGAACUAUGUUACGUUCUGCUGGUGGGCAUACUCUCGUGUUACGGCAUGAGCUUCGUCAUACUGAGCAGGCCGACAACUUGGAAUUGCACAUACCUUAGAAUCGGUCUCGGUCUCUGUCUCAGUAUAUGUUACAGCGCGAUUCUCACGAAGACCAACCGUAUAUCGCGGAUAUUCAACCAAGGCACGAAGAAAAUCAAGAGACUCUCCUACACAUCACCCAAGAGCCAAGUGGUAAUCGCUAUCGGAAUCACCGCGGUCCAGCUCGUCGGUACUAUUGUAUGGCUGAUGAUCGAGCCGCCGGACACGACGGAGAUCCAUCCGUAUCCACUGUCAGCGGUGCUAACCUGCCGCGUGUCCACGUUCUCCUUAAUGAUGUCCUUGGUUUACAACAUGUUCCUGAUUCUGAUGUGCACCCUGUACGCGUUCAAGACACGCAAGAUCCCGGAGGACUUCAACGAGGCCAAAUACAUUGGCUUCACUAUGUACUCCACGUGCAUCGUCUGGCUGGCUUUCGUGCCGAUCUACUUCGGCACCAACAACGACUACAAGGUUCAGAUCGCGAGCAUGUGCAUGUGCAUCAACAUCUCCGCCUCGGUCGCCCUCGGCUGCCUCUUCACGCCCAAGGUCUACUUAGUGCUGUUCCAGCCCUACAAGAACGUUCGCCCCGGACACCCUAACACGGGCGGCUUGCAGAGCGGCAAUCGUGGGGUGUACAGCAUGCGCUUCGCCGGCGGUCGCAGCCAGACGAUGCAGAGCGUGACCUCGGGCUCGCGCAGCAGCCCGCCGAUGUCCCGCGCUGGGGCUGGACGUGCGGACGAGCGGAAGCACGCGAACGGUGAGACCCAGGCGCUGGCAAGUCCGUCGGUCGAGGAGACCUCCGUUAGCUAGGUCGCUCUCAUACACCUCCCUCCCUGUCCAGAGCAUCGGGCGAGGAUGCGUGAGACCGAGGCGGAGGUGUAUGUCAACGGCGACGCCGACGACGGCGGCUGCGGCGGAGGCGGCGGCGGUGGC